CCAGACCUACAUCAAGAUGUAAGGUCUGGCAACUCUUCACACAAACGACUCAAUGCAAGAGGCGGGAUAUAAGGUUGUCCCUCAAAAUGCCUCUGCACGCAAUAGGAUAGCGCUAUGACCAAUCAGAGCAACGAAGAAGGUGACGUAGUUAGAGCGACGGAAAAGAAUCGAUGGGGAAGUGUUUCAUGAAAAAGUUUGACGGAGAGAUUUCUGUAAGUUACCAAAUGUUAUCGUAAUGGACCUGAAUGACUCCUGCCGUUUUUGUGAAAAAAAUAUGAGAAUUGCGGGUGUGCUGGUACAUUCUUCAAACAUAUUUGAAAAACAAAAGAAACUAAGUAUUGUCGAAAGACUACUGCAUGUCGGAGUGGCGGUAGUUAAAACAUCGCUAAAAUCGAACAGGAUUUGUAGGUGUUGUCUCAGUGUUUUAUCGAGACUUGAACGUGACUUGCCGGUGUACUGGAAAUGGGUGGAGAAUGAAAAAAACGAGAAAGCCUCAGCAGUAGAAACCAUUACAGGUCGUUCAGAUAAAAGAGAACGUGAGCCUACUCCCUCGAAGACCCCCAGGGCACUGAAAAAGUUCUGCCCUAAACCUGCAAGCCCUGGAAGAUCUAAUAUUCGACGCAGCAUCACUGAGCAGAUCAUCAAAUGCCCUAAACAAAAGCUGUGCGAGGCUGAUAAUGCUUUGAUGGUAAAACACAUAAACAACAAAAAAUGGAAAGCGGCGGCCAAAUUAAUCAUGCAGCAUGAGGAGCUUCUACAGGAAGUGAAGGUCAUUAUCCUUACAGUAAUUGCAAGUGAAUGCAAAACACUUUGCAACCCAAGCCAGAAUUUCAUGCUGUGGAGGUCUUCACCAGAAGAUUUGAGAUCUUUCUCAAUUAGCAGCCUUGAGUCAGACCUCCAGCGUCUCUCACCACUCCUCUUGUCUGUCUUCUCAACCAUCACAAACCACUCCCGUCCUGUCACCUGUGCUGCGGCUGCAAUUGCACUGAGAGGUAGAGAACCCCGUCUGUCAGCUUUCGCCCACUACAUAAACUGCAUUCUUCAAUAUGGGGGUGCGAAGAAGGCAGUGUUCGAAAGGCUCAGUAAAUUUUCCAUUUCAACGGUGCACAAAAAUGCAAUUGGAAAGCAGAAGGAAUUGUCUAACAAAUGCGGAUCUGGACUUUGGCAUCUAAAGAGGCAAAAUGAAGAUUUCAUAACUCUUGAAGCUGGAUGUCAGUCUGUCAAUCAAGGACAGGACAAAAACUACAUAGACCACAGAAGUAAGUCUGAGCUGUUACUCCGUGAUGUCUUCAGAAGCAUGGAAGAUCUUCAAUUAUCAGAUGAGGUUGCUGAAAGCAGUGCUGUGGACCAUGCUACACAAGAUGAAGAGGUGAUGAUCACAUCAGAGAAAGUUGAAAGAAGUAUCGUGGACCAGGUUUCAGGACAUGAUGAUGAGAGAAUUACAUCCGAUGAGUUGACGGUGACAUGUCCAACUCCACCACAUACGUAUUCCAUCAUUUUUGACAAUUUGGAUUUCUACAUGCACGCACACCACCAGUCUUCCCUACGCAACAACCAGUCAAUACACUGGAUUCACCACAUUGCAGUUCAAGACCGGAUACCAAUAUAUCACCUGGCUAAUGACAAACCAAUUGGAAAUCUUCUGCAUUAUGACCUGAAUUUGUCACUCCCUGGAGAAGCUGAACAAAUGCAAAUGCGAAGGGAAUACAUUGUCCUUACCAGCCGAAUCCUGUCAUCUUAUCUCACUGUGUUCAAGCCAUUCUCCAACGUUGUCUUGCAUCACAUACCACAUCAGUAUUCGGCAGAAAUGGCACAGCGUUCCACUGAUUACCCAUUAGGGCUGCUUUUCAAAGACGAAAACAAAUCCGCUGACUUGGCAGAAGUACUUCAACACUUUCAGAAGAUGUAUGUACCAAAAGCACCGGAUGGACUGUCAAAAAUUUUGGUGGGAGGUGACAGACUCUCUGAAGCGAAUAGUAGAAAUCUGCAGUGGGCCUAUGCUGAUGGUAUCAACAUAGAGGAGCGAUUAGAUGGCAUGGAGUUCAUGUUUGAGGACUGGCAUGCCAUUAGGGUGCUUUUCGGUAUCCACUUUAAAGUUUUCUUCAAUGAAAAAUCUGCAAAGGACCAUGGUACACUGUGCGCCAACAUGACAAAAUUGAGUUCUUCUGGUACACAAUCUCCAGUCAUCCUGUACAUAUUUCAGAAUACACCAUGAAUUUAUGUUCUUUAUGGUGGGAUGGGCCUCAGGAAAAGCCGUGGUUUGGUAAAAUUAUCAGUAUGGUAUGGCAAUAAGUUUUGUAAUUAUACUGUCACUAACCUUUCCAGAAUGGGAUGUUUGUGUGUUUGAAACACGAACGGUGAGGUGAAAGAUGACUGACAAAUUUAAAUCCAUGUGUGUGCGUGCAUGCAAGUGUAUAUGUCCAUGUAUUCCCACACCCCCUUAGGUUACAAUGGGUAGUUAUAGUGAUGCAUUCAGAAAUGUGUACCAACUAGUGACUAACAAUUUUAUUUCUCACAGGUGCAGCAACGCGAAACAGGGGCCCCACAGUGCCUACAACGCAUACAAACAUUUUUUCAUCACAGACACAACCGCGUUGCUUCUAACGGCUGCAAUGGAGCACUUUGGACUGCAGGAUGUAGCAGAAAUCCCUGAAUCGUUUGUUCCAGAGGAAAUUGCAUCUGGAUCAACAGACAUAAGGCGAACAUGGUUGCAUGCUAAAUCUGCUGAGAUUGUGGAAAAGUUCGUCCUGCUUGGAGAUGUGACAGAGGCCAUGACUGGUCUCUGUGAAGCUUCUGAGAAAUCAACAGAGACAAAGCAUUACCCUUGUCGAGCAGAGGGCUGUCAACAGGUAUACGCAUAUCUCAGAGCCAGAGACAAGCACGAGCUAAAAAAGCACAACUUAGAUCUCACAGAUAAGUUGUCUGGGAAUACGUCACUGAGCAAACGAGACCACAAACAAGAACACACCGUGGCAAGAUUAAGCUUUAGCUUCAUGAUUUUGGACAUGCUUGAUGCAGUAAAAGAGGGUGAUGGUGAGAGACUAAUGAGGCUGUACAAAGUUGCCAUGAUUUAUUACAAAGCAUUUGGGCACAGCCACUAUGCUUAUAGUACAUUACUAAUGACACUGCAGGUGAAUGCAUGUCUGACCCCUCGGAUGUCGCAUAGCAUGAUAUGGAACCGGUUUUGGAGCAGCAAGGGAGGGAAUGGAAACAACAUCCCCCUUGACCUUCAUUUGGAACACCUGAACAAUUUCUUAAAGUCUUUCCUGAAGGGUCUGGGUCCAAACCUUUCCGAAAAUUCAGCACGCCGGGUCAGUCAGUCCAUUGGUGUUUUGAAAGAAAUGAUGGAUAAGGUGGAUGCCGAUUUGAGUAUCAACAGGCCAAGUGGCUCCCAUCGUGCUGAGCAGCAAACACAGGACAUUAUGACUCUAAUCGGUGUUUUCAAGGCGGGUCAACUGUUUACAGAAAUACCUGGCAGGGAAUUUCUGGCCUACCCUAAAUUUGAGAAAAAUCUUUUGCGCAAAAUCAAAUUCAAAGAUAUGUGGCAGUGGAUGAGGCUCAAAAUGAUGGAGUGGAGAAAACUAAAAAAAUAGAACACCACAAAUGCGUGACUUAUCUUGUCUAAAGACCCAUUAUGAUUGGUCUUUAAAUAUAUAUAGUUGCAUUGUAUGUACGAGUUCAAAUUCAUUAAUCUUUGUCCAAAAUUGACAAUGAAUAAGAUUAAUAAUGUAUAGGACAAUAGUCAACAAAAUUUUACUUUGUUUAUUGAGCUUGAAUAAAGAACCUUUGUAAAGAACCUUUGUAAAUAACCUUUAAAUUAUUAAACCUACUUAAAUUGUUUGUCAAGUUACAUAUUUAAAUAUAAAACAAAUUGCACUAACAUUUUCAGGUUGUUUGUUACAUUUGUUUC